AUGUGUCAAGGGGGUGAUUUUACAAACAAUAAUGGUACUGGAGGCAAAUCAAUAUAUGGCCGAAAGUUUGAAGAUGAAAAUUUCAUAUUGAAACACACAGGUCCUGGAAUAUUGAGUAUGGCCAACUCAGGACCCAAUAGUAAUGGAUCUCAGUUCUUCCUUUGUACAGCCAAAACAGAGUGGCUGGAUGAUAAACAUGUUGUAUUUGGUCAUGUGGUGUCAGGUCUUGACGUGUUAAAGAAAAUGGAGCGAUAUGGAAGCAAAAGUGGGACUGUCAGUGCGAAAGUGAUAAUUAGUAAUUGUGGAGAAUUACAGUGA